AUGUAUAUCCGAGCAGCUCACGCCGAAACCAGCAUUCAGGUGCUACGCCAGCUGGUGCGGGACAACCCUCUCGGCUUCCUGACUACAGCAAUUCAGUCGGAUGAACAUGCCUUCCUGCAGACAAGCCAUAUUCCCUUUGUUAUUGACGUCGACGAUGAGUCCAGUGACGCAUCAAAAAGCCGGCUUCGAGGGCAUCUAGCUAGACAGAACCCGCACAGCAAGGCGAUGAUCGAGGAAUUAUCACGGGGUGCCGGCUCUGGCGGCGUUCUCGAACGAGACGUCCUCGUCAUUUUCACUGCCCAACACCAUUAUGUCACGCCAAAAUUCUAUACCGAAACCAAGCCAUCAACGGGGAAAGUAGUUCCGACCUGGAACUAUUCUGCCGCUCAGAUUUAUGGCCGCGCAAAGGUGUUUUUCGAUUCCAAGUCGGAAGAAACGUCGUCAUUCCUUGGAAAGCAGAUUUCGGAUCUCACUCUCCAUGCUGAGACCUCAGUCAUGGGCUACACAGGAGGAGAUCGGCCCAAAGACUGGAAGGUGACGGACGCGCCCGAGAACUUCAUCAACAUCCUCAAGAAGAACAUCAUUGGAAUUGAAAUCGAAAUUGAUCGGUUGGAAGGGAAAUUCAAGAUGAGCCAGGAAAUGGGAAAGGGCGAUAGGGAAGGCGUUAUUCAAGGGUUCCAUGACUUGCAAAGCGAAGUUGGGCAGAAGAUUAGUGACACGGUAAAGGCGCGCGGCGAGCUUAAAGACCAGCAGAGCAAAUAG